UAGACAUAUCUGUCUUGUUUGCAGCUGUUGAAAGAAAUAACUUAAUGAGACUUGCUCACACCAUACCGUUUACACCAGUCCAGCUCUUUGCUGGAGAGGAAGUGACAGUCUAUCGGCUAGAAGAGAGUUCACCUAAGAACCUCGACAAAAGCAUGUCUUCUUGGUCGCAGCGUGGUAUGGCUGCAAUGAUCCAAGUCUUGUCACAGGAAGAGAUGGAUGGGGGUCUGCGGAGGGCCAUGAAGGUCAUUUGUACUUGGUCUGAGAAUGAUAUGUUAAAACUGGGACAAGUCUUUAUUGUGAAGUCUUUUCUACCAGAGGUGGUUCAGACGUGGCAAAAGAUCUUUCAUGAUGGCACAGUGCUACAUCUGUGCCUCAGGGAGAUACAGCAGCAAAGGGCUGCCCAGAAGUUAAUCUAUACCUUCAAUCAAGUGAAGCCUCAUACCAUUCCAUAUACUCCAAGGUUCCUGGAAGUUUUCCUCAUCUACUGCCACUCAGCCAACCAGUGGCUGACCAUCGAGAAGUACAUGACUGGUGAGUUUCGGAAAUACAACAACAACAAUGGAGAUGAGAUUACUCCCAGCAGCUUGCUGGAAGAGGUGAUGCUGGCCUUCUCCCAUUGGACCUACGUGUAUACUCGUGGGGAGCUCCUUGUCCUGGAUUUGCAAGGUGUUGGGGAAAACCUUACAGAUCCAUCUGUGAUUAAACCUGAAGACAAGAAAUCUGGAAAAAUGGUAUUUGGACCAGCAAACCUAGGGGAAGAUGCAAUAAGAAACUUCAUUGCAAAGCACCACUGUAAUUCUUGCUGCAGGAAGCUGAAACUUCCUGAUUUGAGAAGAAAUGACUACACACUGGAAAGGCUUGGUCCAGCCUUCGAACGAGAGACAGAGACAGGAGGAGCUGAGGGCAUGAACGAGCCUUUGGAGUAUGACACACGGCUGUGAGUGGAGCCCAUGUGUUUGCAUGCUUGAAAACCACCCCAUUAUCACUGCUGCAGGUCAAUCUGAAAGAAAAAAACGUAGAUGUCCGAGUGCAACAUCUUGCUGCCGUCUACAUACUCUGUGGGCAAGGAGUCAAAAGCAUCUUUCUAGUUAUUCCUCUGUGCUCUUGGGCUGGUCCUUCUGGUACUGUUCAGUAAAUUAUCGGGAACAGAUCACCCCUUAGCAGGAUGAACUGUUCCAUCACUGCCUUUUUUUUGGAAAUAUGGUUAAUGAUGCCACACUGUGCUUGCUUAGGAAAAGGACUGCAACCAACAUAUUUCCACGAGGGAAUGAUUUGAUGUUUCUCUCUGCUCUUUAGUAAAAAACUAAAUGUACAUAAAUGUACAAAGCAUUCGUUUUCAGAUACAGAGCCCACUCAACCCCAUGCUCACUUCUGCUCUGUGCACAGGAGACUCUCCAAGAAAUUGCAGAAAAGUUGUUCUCUCUCUAUGUUUUCAUUGUGAUGCAGUGACAAGCGAAGAGUGCAUGAGUAGUAAGUUAGUGGUUUGAGCAAUAGUGAUGGAUAUAGCAAGUAGACUGCAAAAUUUUAUGGGAGCUUCACCUUGAACUCUUUUCACAUGCCAAGACUUUAUUAAAAUUGAAUAAUGAAAGGUUGAACACACAAGUAUGACUGAACUUUCCUGAUUUGAGUUGAUGGAAUUGAAAAAUCCACCAUCUUUAAUACAAACAUGCACUAAACAACAACUUUGAACAUGAUUCCAUUUUUAACCAUGAUCUGUUUUUCUUUAAAAUAUUUUAGCUUCAGAAUAUUUUUAAUUCUUUAAGUUGUAAAUUGCAAUCAAGAUUUGAAAAGGCACAAAAAGCAGUAUGUGUUCUAUUUAGUACUUAGCUGGUUAUUGUCAAUGUCAGGCUGUGCACAGGACUUUUUUCUACCAGUGGUGCAGUUAGAUUCAGAUGCUGCAAAAGUAUACAUGAUUGUUUCUAUUGAUAUCCUGUGAUUUCAGUACAAUUUCUCAAUAUAGAAAAAUCUAGUAUAUUCAAUUUGCUUUGUAGAAUCAGGAUGUAAAGAAACUGCUCAGCAUAAAUAUCUCUAAUACAACUUAAAUUGCAUUAGAGAUCACUUUUAUCAGGGAAGGAAAUUUCUCCUUUUGUAUUAACAGGAGAAAUACUUCAUCAUGAAAUAUAAGUCAUCAGAAAAUUUUGUUCUUAAAUACAGAACAAAAUCAUGUUUCCAUCACAACUGAUAGUACAUUUUUGAUGUGUAAGGGGACUACUUGUGAUGACUUAUUGUUCAUUUGGUAUAUUUAGAAAAUGUCUAUGUACACAAAAGAAUUAAAAGUUACAUGUUCCCAGUUUUUGUAUUGAUUAUGAUAUUGAUUCUGACACUGAAAUAUGCUGUAUGUUUGAUUGAGAUGUCUUCAGUUCCUGAGAGCACCCUGAAGAUAUACUUCUGGCUUUUUUUUUUUUAUAGUUUUGCUAAGGUUCUUUCUGUGGAAAAUAAUACCUCUCUUGUAUUCAUUUGUAUAGAUUUUGCAAAAAUGAUCUUCCCCUUUUCUUUGAAGCAGUUCAACAUAUUGGCAAGUUUUUUUCCUGUCUGUGAAAGUGAUUAAUUGCAUCUCUGCAUAAUGUUGGUGGACUUUGAUCCCUUCACUGGUAAGAUAGUGGAUUUACUUCCAGUGAUUAUUCUCUUAGAAUUUGCCUUUAGGAAGAGAUGUAUUUAGGCCCAUCCUUUAAAGAGAGAACUUUGUCUGGAGAAUAUCUAACUUUUAGCAUGCCUUUAAAAUCACUUAAGUUAAAUGAGAUUUCAAUAUGCUUUUAAAGUUAAGGACUAUUUAAAUCUUAUCUUGAUAGUGUUGUUUUCCUCACUCAUUGCCAUAAAUUCUUGCGUCAAAAGCAUAGAAUUACGGACACUUAUAGAUUAGACAUAAGAAGUAGAUUAGACACAGCAAACUGGGCUUGAGCACCUUUUGUUUCUUUUUGCAUUUCAAAGAUAUUACCAAGUCAUACUCCACAUUAUCUUAACAACCAUCCUUUGCCUUCAAGAGUGAGUGGCUUCUGAGUUAAUAGCAAUGUUUGUGAGGACAGGUACGGUGUUUAUAGCAGUGCAGAUUCAUCUUAUCCUUUUUUAUAAUAUACCCAUCCAGGUACAUACUACCUUUGUCUCAAAUCAGGGGUCCUCACAAGAGGACUGUCAGUUAUAAAUACAGCUUACACAAACACAUUUGAUGUCUGAUUUUGCUCAAUGCCAAAUAUUAAUACAGUCAACCAAGAAAAGGAUGCACUUGAAAUUGUUGUGUCAUAGACUUCUCUUAGAGCACAAAUUUUUCCAUGUAUGGAGACACUAAGUUGAAAAAUUCCAGUGAUUCUGGGUGCUAAUAAAUUUUACUUCACCUUAUAUUUUUCACUUUUGUGGAAGGGCUGCUUUACAUUUCACUAAACUGUAAGUUUGGGUAAUUUAUGUAAAAAUCUUUUUUACCUCUAGCUUUAUCAGAGUUCAGUAAUAAAUAGUAAUGAAAAUAAUUUGAAAAGAUUUAUUUUUUCUUCUUUGGAGUCCUUGGUGUCUGUCUUGCUCCAGAUUCUGUACUUUUUUAAAAUUGUCUUUUGAUGUCUAAAUACUGACCUUAGAUUGAAGCCUGGGCAUGCUUAAAACAUGAAAAAAAAAGUGGCCCUUAGUGGGAAAAGCAGGAAGCCUCAUGUUAAAACCACCUUUCAUGGAGGAAUGGAAGAAGUUCUAUAGGAUAGGGCUUUUUCUUUAGCUGCUCCAUAACAGCUAGAAGUGUGGAAAAGGUUUACUUUUCUGAUAGUUAGUUUCAAUAUUUGUUUUUGCUUGAAAGCACAUUUCAGAUUUUUUUAGUUUAUUCUUCUGGUGGAUUCAGAAUAGAGCACUGCUUACUUUACUGAAAAAGUAAGGCAGUAGGUGAUUUAGAAGCUCUGAAAAAAUUUGAAACCAAAGAAUUUAUGAACUCCCAUUUUCAUGUGAACUUAAAAGAAGCUUAUUUGAGAAUUCAGCCGAGGUUGCUCAAAACAAAAUGUGGUUUUGACAGCUAUUGCAUUGGAAAUUUAGCUUAAACUUAUACGAAAUAUUCACAAGUUGCAAACCUCAGAAGGUGUUAUUUCAUUUAUUUUUGUCAGCUGAGCUGUUUUCAGGGUUACGUGUUUUUUGGUGGUGCAAUAAACGCAGAAGACCUCUAGCAUUAGAUUUAAUAUCAUUAGAUCUCUAUUUCCUAGAAAUAGAUUCAUAUUUUGAUGUGGUUUUGUCAAUCUAUUUCAUCCUGUUGCAAAAAAAUAAAAUCACAUUUUCAGAUAUGUUUCUGA